CGUCUGGCUGUCGACGGGUUGUGAUAGUCGAAACAGGAGGUGGAAAUGACCAGUGUCGCAAAACAAGUUGCUCGAAUAUUCGCAGUCGAGGUGUUCGUCAAAGAAAACGUUUGCUUCAAAAUGCACGAGGUAAUUUUCUUGUUCCUAUUAUGAUGGACCAUUUCUGAUCGACCGGAGAGAAUGCAUUUGCAUACCUAAAUACACCUGCUGAACGUGCUGGUUAAGUACCUCAAUAUAGUUAUAGUAGACAUAAAGUCGCAGCGGCAACGCAAGCACAUGAUCUUGAUCACAUCUUUCUUACCUGACAGAAAAUAACACCAACAGGAUAAGUAUGACUGACCUCCUUGUUUCUCAGUUUCAUCGUGACGGCGUUGCAUCGCAUGUUCAUAACAUUUUUGCGGAUUUUGCAGCAACGCCAGAGGACUUCCAUCGGAGAUAUCAUCCUCUCUACUCUUCGUUUCGCGAAGGGUGUCUACGCGAAGGGUCCUGGUCCGAAAAGCGCUUCAAGAGUCACCUUUUGUUGCCAUGGCUACACGAGAUUUUAGCAGGGAAUGUUACGGCUGAGAAUAAAUUGAAAAUUUUCUUUGGAGCUUCCGAAAAUACUUCUUUUUACUUUUUCGACUCUACAUUUUCGUUUUCCCAUUCAAAAACCCAGACCAGCUCUAAAUCUACCUCACUCAAAGCUUUGGGCCAAAGCCUGCUUGGAUCCGACAAUAUCGCCAUUUGGAGUACUGAUUGGUGUGUGAAACCAGCAAUACGCCCUUCAGAAGAAACGAACGGUAUUGAAGACGAUCUACAAGCUUCUGCUGCCACGACCUCACCACGAGCGCCGGCCUACUAUUUCACUUGGCACCAGGAUAGUACAUACUCGCGAUUACCGGAUGGGAUAACUGUGUGGAUCGCGUUUAGCGACGUACAGGAAUCCAGUGGACCUGUACUAUUUUAUCCAGGGUCGCACAAACUCGGGCAACUACCUCACAGUGAGGACAGAUCUGAUCCGAAUAAUAUGUUGGCGUUUGGACAGCAGGUGACUGAUGAAGGGAUGGAGAGACUGUUUAGAUCGUUGGUGGAAGACAAUGAAGGAGAUGGAGAUGUUGGGGUGUCGGACGAGGUGCUAGGAGGAGAUAAAAGAAGUAGAGCAGUACUAGGAGUAGUCGAUCAACACUCUCCACCUCUGGUGGGAGGUGUGCCAGCCGGACGUACAGCAGGUCGUGAUGCUUCGCCGGAACCACAAGAAGAUGCUACUCCGACAACGACGAACAACACGAAAAAGAGGAAGAUUUUUUCCGCCCAUCCUCUUCGCCCUGGUGACUUGUCAGUGCAUUCUUUUUUGACAGUGCACAGUUCGCAACCCAACAAAGACACGGACCGAGAUCGCGUUGGCCUGGCCGUCCGACUUGUGCCUUUAUCAUGCGGUAUCGGAAGAAGGGAUCGGGUGACGCCAUUCGUUGAGGAUCUUCAAGCAAAGAGUCACCAGGAAGGUGGGUUUCAAUUUGAGACCUUUAUCCCGAAGGACGAGAUGGGCCAAAGGGAAAUGGAAGAAUGGACUUUGUCGAUGGAAAGGGAGAAAGAGCUCUACUUUGAAGAUCAUCAGGGAAUGAGUUACAAAUAGGGUCCUCUAUGGCAGAUUCACAUCAUGGACACUCAUGGAGCAAGAACAUUUUCGACAUGAUGUUAUUCGCGAUUUUCCAACUCGUCAACGUACCAAUUUCGAACAUGUUAUUUCUGCUCCUUGAAGAUGCCGUUACAACCGUGUUGGUAAACUCUUCAUCGUGUGGGGCAAUUCAUUGUAGUUGUGUGCAGACCUGAAC